AUGCUCCGAAAUAACGUUGGCACGCAUGCGAUGUAUCCCAACGACCGGGAGCCCCCAAGCCACGCUGAUGGGAUCGCCAUCGCCACGUUGUACAUGCUAGUGAUCAUGAUUCUGGCCGUAGUGAUGCGGCUGGCCUUUCGGUUAUGGAUGGUCCGGACACUGCAAUGGGACGAUGGGACUGUGCUGAUUGCUCUGUUCUUCGCCAUCGGUCAAAGUGCCACCAUUCUAAUCGGAACUAAAUACGGAAUGGGAAACACAGUCCCUCCAUUAACCGAGCAUGAGAUGAUGCAUGUCGAGAAGGUGCUGUACGUCUCCGACCUGCUGUAUGUAGUGGCUCUGAGCCUGGCCAAGAUCUCAGUGUUCCAGUUACUCGGCCGAUUAACAGUGCGGACGUGGCAGAGACGGCUCGCGCAAUGGUCAGCGCUGGCGGUGAUGAUAUGGACGGUGUCCGUGUUCUUGGUGCUGUGUUUCCGAUGCGGCGCCUCCCAGCCCUGGCGACUCAGCAGCAGCCACUGCAUCAACACCUUCAUCUUCUGGGCCGCCAUCGCCCCGCUGGAUAUCAUCUCAGAGCUCACACUCUGCGCCCUCCCGAUCUUCAUCGUCAAGCCCGUGCAAGUGAGGAUAGGGAAGAAGGCCGCCGUAGUAGCAGCGUUCAUCUUCCGCUUGUUCGUAAUAAUCACCACAAUAACCCGCCUCCACUACCUCCGACGAACCUUCUCGUCCCAAGACCACAACCCCAUUCCCACAAUCUUCGCCCCAACAAUCACAACCCAAUGCGUCCUAUGCACCAGUGUGCUCAGCGCCUGUAUCCCCUGCCUGAAACCCUUCCUCGACGCCUUCGACACGGGCAUGUUGCACGUCGCGUUACAUAAACACGACGGCAGCUCCGCGUACGCGCUGGGGAAUCUGUCGCGGCCGAAGGAGACGAGCGGGCGUCGGUCAAGGCUUGUUGGCGGGGAUGAGGCGGAGGUUGAGGGAUUGGGCACGUCGGCGGCUGCGUUUGCGGGGACGGAGCCCGUGAGGGUGCAGCUUCUUGAGGAUGCUGAGGGUGAGGAAUCUGGGUCGAUGAGUACGAGGACCUCGCGGGCGUUGGCGAUUCAGCGGACGGAUCAGUGGAGUGUGCGAAGCUCAACCCGCCGGUUUAUCCUAUGCUCCAGCUACUUCAGCUGA